AUGACUGCACGAAAACGGCCGAAAUCAAUACGAAAGGCUCGGGCUAUUGCGAUAGCUCGCCAAGAGCGAUCGUACAGAGUUAGCCCGCAUAGUUUUGUGUUCAGCCGCCCCGGUGUCGGUCCUAUGGUCAAACUAUUGUCGCUGGAUGUUCGCAGCAUAUUUGAACCGUAUACAGCCACUCGCCUCAAAGUACAUCGCCGGAACGUCCUGAAAGAUUUUGUCGCCGUGGCCGGUCCUCUGCACGUGACACAUUUGCUCCAGUUCACUCAUCCUCGAGCGGAUAAACGCGCUGAAAAGCGAGCUAGACGACUUGCCAGGCUUUCAAACUCCAAUGCAGAUCUAGCAAUUGUCUCGACUACGGAUAACAAUGGACAAAGCACCCAGAUCCCAGAUUGUGAUGCCACCCCAACCGACGAGUUUGGCAAGCGUGCGAAAGAUGGCGUGUACAUGCAUCUGGUUCGAGUUCCUCACGGUCCCAGUCUGACCUUCUCCGUCUCCGAGUAUUGUUUGCAGCGCGAUGUGCUCACAUUGGUUCGGCGCAUUUUUGAUUCCCAUCAGUUCUCGACGCCUCCGCUGUUGGCAAUGACUGGGUUUGGGUCACUUUCCGCCACUGCAGAUAGCAAAAAGUCAGCUCAGCCACCGCCACCACAUCUCCGACUCAUCGUUGACAUGUUCCAAAACAUGCUGCCUCCUCUCAAUGUUCAAAAGCUGAAACUGAGCACUGUUCGGCGAGUAGUGCUUAUCAGUCGCGAGGUGGACAUGUCCUGUCCUCCAGACGAACAGGAUUUCAAUGAUGUGAUCUAUCUGCGACAUUAUCACAUACGCACCGAAAAUCGUACCAUCAGUCGUGCGUUGCGCAAAUUAAGUGUGGGGUGCUCACGAUCAAAGCGACGCAGAAUGAAUCUGUCGGAUCCGAAUGCACGCCCUAUCGGUACUGGGAUGGGACCGGGAGGUUCCGGAAAGUCUUCCGGCGUGCCGUCACUAGCGAAAUACGCCUGUAUAGAGGAUUUUCUCACCAAGACCGGGAUGCUGUCCGACUCCGGCUUGUCCGACGCCCUCUCGGAUAUGGAGGAAGUGGAGCUUCCACGAGAUGUCCGACUACCCGAUUCUAUUGAUCAAACUCAUGGAAGUACGAAGAAGCGCAAAUUUGUCCCGUCGCAUGGCCUUCGUCACUUAGGCACAGCUAGAACAGCGACCGUUCGCCUGACCGAAAUAGGCCCCCGAUUGACGCUCAAACUGAUCAAAAUCGAGGAAGGUUUGAAUUCUGGAGCCGUACUAUACCAUCGCUGGCAGCGUCGUACUCCUCUGGAGAUUGCAAAGCAAGCGGAACGGCUUCGGCAACGGGAAGCAAUAAGAGCGGCUCGCCGCGCGGAACAUGAAGCCCGCCGCACUGCCAAUGAGGCUGCGCGAGAAGCUCACCGGGAAGCUUGUCUUGAAGGUAUGAAACGUGCUGGACAAUUGCCGGACGACGGUCUGAAGAAGGAGGAAGAGGAGGUUGGAGAAGAUGUACAACCAGUUAAGCGCAACAAGAUAAAAGCCAAGAAUACCGUGGUCAAAAAGAAAGCUUUUGAUGAGCUGCGUAUCAAGAAGAACCGGUCAAAGAAACGCGUCAAAUUUCAUCCCCUUCCGACUGAAUAACCCACACGAUUUUAGCUUGGUGUUGCUGACCAUAUGUACACAGCAGACCUGGACCAACUUGUAUAUUGCGAUGAUUUUCGCUCACAACUCGAUCCAUUAUUCUCCUAGUUCAUGGACGUAAACAGUUAGAACAAAAUGCACAUUAUUACUUUG